GAGAAGCCUGGAAAAGAAGGACUGACAGGAGACAUAAUCAGAUUUGUUUUAUAAAGUAUGUUUGAAAAGAUUUCCAAGCCUCAGAGGACAUGCCACAUGGCAGAAUGAAAGCAGAUCUCAGAUGAAUAAAGUGAGGCACAGCGCGAAUGAACCACCUGUCCAAGAACACAGAUCUAGGUUCUGAAGAGAAGUGGUAAGUUCAAUGCAGUUUUCAACUGAGCUCUGAAUACUGAACUUUCACCAUGAAGGUAACAAGCAUCUUUCUUCUUAGUGUUUUGGCCCUGUUGAGUUUAUCUGGUAACACCAGAGCUGGCUUGGAGGGAAGAGAGGCUAAAUGUAACACUGAAACAAAUGCAUGUACCAAGAUCUAUGAUCCUGUCUGUGGGACUGAUGGAGAAACAUAUUCUAAUGAAUGUGUGUUAUGUGUUCAAAAUAAGAAGCGUCAGACCCCUGUCUUCAUUCAAAAAUCUGGACCUUGCUGAAAACCAAGGUUCUAAAAUCCCCUGUGGUCACCACAAUGCCUAGCAGGCCUGACUGUUGAAUAAAAUGCAU